GAACCUCGUGGAGGGUUGUUUGGAGGGUGCGCAACCGAAACCGAAACGGCGGCAAACGGCGGUCCUUGUUGUGGCCGGGAAUAGGGCAGAAAAGGGACCGGGGAUUCGUCCGUGCGUAGAGUGAUUCUCGAGUUUGUUCCGUUUGUGGAAGAGAUAAAGUAGCAGGCAGAGAAAAAGAUCCGACGACACAGAGUCAACAAAGACGCCACCGACGAGAUAUUUGAAUUGAGCAACAAGUUGGUGGUCAGUGGUGUAUCGUGAGAAAGGACAACAGUUUGUGGCUGAUCGAGGCACUGGAAUUUUGUGCGUGUUUCGUGAAUUGAACAGUGGAAGAUCACUUUUGUGUACGGUGUUUAUCAUGUAAAAGUGCGUCUCCUCAGUCACCAGCACCGAUAGGCAGGCUCACCAUCCAGCAUUCAACGGUUGGCCUGUUUGAAAGAUUCCCGCUGUGACGGCGGGCAUAAGUGGCGUAUACGAAUACGGAGCAGAAUCAAGUUUGCGAACAGAAGCGGAUCUAUCUGGAGCCCAGCCUGUCGCUGCCGCCAGAGCAUGGUGUAAUGGACUUCGGAACGUUCGUUAAUCGAUCAGCAGCAACGGCAGCAGCCUCGACAACAACCACCACCGCCAGCAUCAUCCCAGAAGCAUCGAUACUGAGCGAACGGUCCUGCUCGAUGACCAUUCUCCCAACGCAAGAUCGAUCGCAACCACCACCUCCCAGGAUGUCGCAGCUGGAAACACUGGAAGCAAAGAUGGCCAACAUUGAGGUGUCACUGUGUGCCGGAACACCGCGGCGUCGCAAAGGUACCUCACUCGGUGGAUCCCUAUCGGCCCGGUCUUCACCGCGACCCGAAUCGGCACCGGGGCGCGAACCGCGAACGACGACCGCACUGCAGGACCGUGAGGCUGUCAUACAAAACUUACGAUUGCAGCUCGGUUUGGGGAAACUACCGCGUCCGACCGGGCCACCGUUCGAUGAGUCGGAACGGCCGGUCGCCGAGCAGCGGUUGGCCAAGCUGAAGCAGGACUCCGAGACGAAGCGCCAUGUGAUCAAAAACCUGAAGACGGCACUCGAGAAGCUCGAUGUGACAGAUAACAUCGACGUUCGGAUACGGCAGGCCGAGCUGGAGUAUGCGCUCGGAAGGGAAGAGCUGCAGCUACUCUCGCUGGUCGAGGAAGCACGGGCCCUGCAGUCACGGCUAGAUAAACCAAAGCAAGAACCAAACACCCUGUACGGUAUGUUACAAUCGGGCAUGAGCUUCAACCUCCUGGCCGUCCGUGCUGCAACCGGUCGAUGGAAUGCGAGCACACGGAACGAGCAACCCGGUCUCUGGGUCGAUUGGGUACUCGAUGGAGAAGCCCUCCAGCGAGGCGAUCGAAUUAUCGAAAUUAACGGCCGGGCGGUCAGUGGUAAAAACCGGGAGGAACUGGCACGCAUUAUCGGUACCCACACGAAGAGCGAAGUCGUGGUGGCACGUCCCAAAAAGUCUUCUUCCGCCGCCGGAAUGCUACCUCAGCAGCAGCUCCAACAAACGCAAGCCGACAACGUACGGCUGCAGCAUCGUAUUUCGUACUUGGAGGAUCAGGUGAAGGAGCUGCUGGCCAACAGUAAGGAGAACAACGGUGGUGGUGGUGGUGGAUCGACUGUCGUUCGUCCUGGGUACGCAAUCAAUGGAAGUGGUGGAGCGCACAUUACCUCGAUUAGCAUCACGUCACCACCAUCGACACCGCCAGAAGGGAAAACACCACAACCACCGCACAUCUACAACUACAUCGACGAGAAGUCGUCCUCGAUAUCCUCCCGGAAUACCAGCCCGGGACAUGUGACCACAACGACGAUCAUCAAAGAGUGCGAUCGUAUCAAUGGGGAGCUAACGAAUGGUGCUAGUGAGGUGAUGAAGUACAACCUCAAGAAUUCACUUUCAUCCUCGAAGGUGAACAUUACGAAUGGCGCCGGUAAUGGUGAAACGCUGGCCGCACAGUACUACAGUCGCAAGGAGCGGGACAAGCGGGAACGGGAAGCCCGGCGUCUGGAGCGGGAAAAGUAUCUGCUCCAGUUUGGGGCGAAGCUGCAGCGCAGUACGACCGAUCUGGAGAGUGAAUCGGAUCGGGUCGGACGGUUACAGCAUAGCCACAGCCGGAGCCACACUCGAAGCGUCGAGUAUCUGAACGGUGAACGGAAGCGUCUGGUAGCGGCGGGCACUGGAGGCGGAUCGACACUCGAAUCGAACGGCCACCGUCGAGCGACGUCGGAUAUGCGCAAGAGUUUGGACUUUGAAAGCGAUACCAACGAACAUUACGCAUCGGAACCGUCCGGACCGUCGGUGAAGCUGUCGGCGGUGCGGCCAGCACCACCAAAGAAACCACUCCGCCUAUCGCUGCAACGUGCCCAGAGCCUGCAGACGGUCGAUGGGUUCGUGCUGGAGUCGAUGGCCGUCAACGGGCACGAUCGGAAGCGUGGCAUGAAACGAUCUCACAAGAGUGGUGGCGGUAAAGCGGGCGAACUGCUGGUCACGGGGGGCAGCUCACCGUACAUCGAAAACAGUGCGCCACUGAUGCAGACGGCAUCGUUGGGGCGGCAGAAGUAUAUCUAGCGACGUGCGUGAAAAAAUGUUUCG